AUGUUCAUGCAAACCCUUGUUGGAUCCGCCAGAAUUUGGUUCAACGAUCUACCUGCUCAAACCAUUCGAAGCUUUGACGACCUAAGCAAGGGUUUUCUGGCGAAUUUCUCCCAACAAAGGCGAUAUGUCAAAGACGCAACAGUGAUCUUCCAGAUAAAACAACGAGAUGAUGAAAGUCUUCAUGCGUUCAUUGAACGAUACAAAAAGGAAGGUCUGACUUAUGUAGGGGCGGACGAGAAAAUGAGAGUGGCUGGUUUCAUGAAUGCCAUUACCUCUAAAUAUCUCACAAGAGAUUUCAACAAAUCCCUGCCCAAGACCCUGGAAGAGGCUCUUGAAAGGGCCGAAGCUCACAUCCGGGGAGAGGAGGCUGUAGACAUUAAAGAACAAAGGAAAAGAGGAUCCGGCUAG